CUGGAUGCACUAUAAGUUGCUUUGGAUAAAAGCAUUAAGUAGAACUUUUGAAGAAAAAUCUCCAUCUCUCUCUCUCUCUCUCUCUCUCUAAAGGAUAAGGAAGCGUCAUUAAAAGUUGGGGUUAGUGUAAUAAAUUAUAAAAUAAAUACAAUAUGAUAUAGAAAAUCGCAAGAUAUAUGUACAUUUUCUUUUUGUACAUACUUUGAAUGAUCACUAUUUAUCCAAGAGCAUUUCAAAAACAGUUUCUCACAAGUAAUAUUGGCACGUUAAAUAAACACAACAUAAUCUCACUGGACGAACCGGUUCGUUUAAAUUGAGAAAUCGGGCCAGAGAACAUCAGUCCAACUUGACUUUCUAAUGCGUGCGCGUUGCCGGAAAGCGAGCCCUGCGUGCGCGCUCCCCUCGGAUUUACCCCCUCCCCUGUAUUUCAACACUGUAGUCAACUUGUCCACCCAGCUGCACGCAGCACGCCCACAACCAUCUUCUCCGAGUGUGCUCAGAACAUGGUGGUGGUGCUGCUGCUGCUGGUGAACACCGCGCCCGGGUAAAGCGACAACCAUUGGGUUGAACUCCGAUCCGAAGCAGACGCAGCCUUCAACAGGCUCGCGCGGGCGGCGAGGAGAACCGAGAGCUGACGAAAUAGCCGCGCCGCGUUCGCCUGGCAUGAGCUCGCGCGCGGAAAAAAAGCGGACUUGUACGGAGUUUUGGAGGAAUACUGGACGGAAAAGGCGUUUCUUCAUGGCGUCCCUGAGGAAUAAAUCGGAGAGUGGUGUUCGAGGAUGUGUUUGAAGUGAGGGAGUAACGUUACGCGGAUACUCAUUCUGUCUCUGAACUCCACGAGUGUUGAACUGUUAGUCUGAUCCUCGAGGCCUGGAUGGAAAAACUUUCGUCUUCGUUUUGAACACUUUGCACUGAUAUUGUUCGAAAUAACUUUGGGAGCCGUUUAACAACGACUACGUAGGACUACAAAACGUAUUCACGCGAGCGAGGAUAUCGUUCUCUCGUCAGCAGACUCGGACUUGUCAAAGUCAUAAGUAUUUUCUUCUUAAAACAUUAAAUCGCAAGUGUUAUUUAUCGUCUCGAGCUGGCAGAGGUGUACGGCAGCGGCACGCAAACGGCUGAUGUCAUUUAAAGUUGACGCGACGUCAAAUUGAGCUUCAACCGCAACUUGCGCUUGAAAGUAUUUAAAUGCUUUUUGAAGCUGGAAUAUUCACUGUUGAUAUCCGGAGUGGGUGUUCAGGAAAGGAGGGGGCUCCUCCAUGGGAAUAGGCCGUCUUUUUGACCCACGACAGGGGCAGUAACGGGAUCUGCCCUAGUUUUGGACGAAAACCGAGCAACUGUAUAGUCUUACAGACAGGCGGUUACUUUUCCCCGGUUUACGGGUUAUGAACGUGUGGGUAAUGGCUUCGUUUUGAUGUCACGACAUUUCUUGCUAGGGACUUAAGUAUUCAACCAAAAGUUAUUUUUGUAGCUUUUGGGGGAAAUUCGUGCUUUUAAAAAUUUCGCUUUUUGACUGAUACGUCUCUAGAGACGAGCUGACAAGUUACGUUUGGUAUUAGCUGACUAAUAACUGACGAAAAACUACAAGAAAUGUGUGACAUCUGGCAUUUAUAAAUAUGAAAUGUUAAAUUAAAUUACUUUCGUAUGUAGGUUGUAAAGGGACAGUCAAUUCAAACAUUAGAGAGGGUGUCUGAGGGACGGUGUUGACAAGAUUAAACUGUAAUUUCACGACACCUUCACAACCCCUUGAUUGACAGACACCACCAUCCAAGUUUUCUCUUUAAAUGAUUUGUAGUUGCUUUUGUAUUGUGUGCGAAAUAAAAGCGAUGUGCUCGAGACGGGACCGAGCGAAUGACAGUGCGUCAGUCUCGGCCACACGCGCGGAGCCAAAGAACGCGCAUGCGCCCUCGCGCACUUCUGAGCCAGAGAAUAUAAAGGAAUCCGAGUGCUGACGUCAUCGGAGCACGGAUAACGAACUGCUCAAGAGUCCAGAACGGCCCAUUUUUGUAUUAAAUGCGCACAGCACGUGGCAACUAGACCCUUUUUAUAACGAUCUUGGUCUUUAUUAAAAUGCCACCUUUUUAAGUCUUGGCAGUUGCUGAUAUGUGAUCACUUGAGGACAAUUGUUGUCUCAUCGCCAUGGCAUUGCCACAGCAAGAGACGGCGGUUGGGUGCGAUAGCGAAGAAGGGGCUGUUACCGUGCGAAUAAGAGACCCCCGCAUUCAACAGGUCGGUCCAGACCGAGUGGGCAAGCGUGCAAAUGUGCCCAGCGGCAAGCCUUGCAAAUAUAGCAUUUCUUCCAGCUGCAGCUCUGGGGAGUUGGGUGUACCCAAGGCUAUCAUGACUCAUCUGAGCAGUAAGAGAAGAGUGCCACCGUUGUUCGAAAGGUCUGCCGCACAGUGCUGGGACCCCAAGUUUGACUCGCCCAUCCUGGAGGAGGCAUGCCGAGAGCGCUGCUUUCCACAGUUGCAGAGACGCUUCCGCUAUGUUUUGUUUUACCUGGCCAUUGCUGCGUUCCUGUGGGGAGUGUACUUUGCGAUCAAUAACGCCAGGUGUGACCCUACAAACUUCCUGGUGCCGACUGGGUUGUUUUUCGUAGUGUGCCUCCUCUUCCUCUGGUUUACUUUUUCAAAAGUGUACGCACGUUUUUAUAACCACGCCUCCUUUUUACUCACAGUUAUCAUGUUUGCCAUCACACUGGCACCUCAGACCCAAACUGGCCACUUUGCUCAUUUCGGUGGCGAGAAUCAAUCACUUGGUAACGUGUCCCUUCAACACGCACCUUGCAUAUCACCUGUUGGGACAUUCUCUCUUUGUAUGGAGGUGCUGCUUUUGCUGUACAGUGUGCUGCAUUUGCGUCUGUAUGCAUGUGUGCUCCUUGGACUUUUGUAUUCUUUCCUCUAUGAGACUUUUGGCUGGUUGCAUCUCGUGCAUAGUUCAGAUUGGGACACUCUGAGAUGGCUCGGCCCAGGUAAAGCCCUCCUACACCUCUGUGCUCACUUCAUCGGCAUCCACAUAUUCAUUAUGUCCGAGGUGCGUUCUAGGAGUACAUUCAUCAAGGUUGGGCAGGCCAUCAUGCAUGGAAAGGACCUAGAAGUGGAGAAAGUGCUGAAGGAGCGGAUGAUCCACUCUGUGAUGCCCAGGCUUGUGGCGGACGAGCUGAUGAAGCAGGGAGACGAGGAGAGCGAAAGCUCUGGGAAAAGAUACAGCGCAGGUGCAUGCUCUGUCGGUACGGCGUCUGCCGCAACCUCGUCCAGCCCCAAGAGCAACAAACGUAAGAAAAACUCCAUCCCUCGUGGACAAAUCAUUUUCAGGCCAUUCAACAUGAAGCGAAUGGAGCCAGUCAGCAUCCUCUUCGCCGACAUUGUGGGAUUCACCAAGAUGAGUGCCAACAAAUCCGCUCAUGCCCUUGUCGGACUACUGAACGACUUGUUUGGUCGCUUCGAUCGCCUGUGCGAGUUGACCCGCUGUGAGAAGAUCAGCACUUUAGGAGACUGUUAUUAUUGCGUAGCGGGCUGCCCAGAGCCACGGAACGAUCACGCUUACUGUUGUGUGGAAAUGGGCCUCGGGAUGAUCCAGGCCAUCGAGCAGUUCUGCCAGGAGACGUCCGAGACUGUGGACAUGCGUGUUGGAGUGCACACAGGCACUGUGCUUUGUGGCAUUCUGGGAAUGAAGCGCUUUAAGUUUGAUGUCUGGUCCAACGAUGUCAACUUGGCCAAUCUUAUGGAACAGCUGGGCGUGGCAGGGAAGGUGCACUUGUCGGAGGUCACCGGAAGCUUUCUGGAUGACCGCUACGAGAGAGAGGAUGGGAGAGUGAGGGAACGUGUCGGCCAGAGUGUUACUGAGCAGCUUAAAGGUCUGAAGACGUACCUGAUCUCUGGUCGAAAAAUGGGCUCACAGUGCGGCUGUUCGCAGGUCAGCUUGUUAAAUCCUUCCCCCCACAUGCGGACUCCAGAUCUCGCACACUCCAGAAAUGCAGAACAUUUCACUCACAACAAGUCUGGAUAUAUCGCCCGCAGCGUCUCAGUGGAUGCCGGCGGGAAUCCAAUAGCAGAUGAUGCUGCUCAAAACGGAUGCCAGGAUGAACAUUGGGCCAACAGCAGCAAGUUCCCUGCAGGCCAUAGUCCUAAAACCCUAAACGGGCUGCUGAGCCCUCUGUGUGAGGAGGCAGUGAGAGUCAGCCAGUCCUCCCUGUGUAACACACUCCAGGAGAAAGACAGGAGCUGGGUGGGAAGUCUAGCCGCAGAAGGCUCUGUCUUGGACCACUCGGCCAUCCUCCCGCUACACUACAAAAACCUCCGGGAGAAGAGCGAUGCGCACUUUGUGGAAGUGAUCAAGGAAGAUAGCUUGAUGAAGGAUUAUUUCUACAAGCCACCCAUUAACAAGCUCAGUUUGAACUUCCUGAAGAAACCUCUGGAGUCAGCGUAUCGCACCAGCUACCAGGAGCAGGUGGUGAACCACUUGCCAGUGAAGACAUUUGCGAGUCCUGUGUUCAGUUCGCUUCUCGAUGUUUUGCUGUCUUGCGCUGUUUUCCUCGCCCUGACGGUCGCCUGCUUCCUGUAUCCUCUCUUUACCAAGAGUACGCCAAUCGCAACCACACUCAGUCUGGCGAUCGUCGCCGCUCUGUUGGAGCUGGUGGCUCUUGUACUGUCUAUCCGUAUGACCCUAUACCUGGACCGUACACAAAACUGCAUCCAGUCUUUGCUGAAGAUGGUGUCUGGCUGGCUCCCACGUCACGCGAUCGGGGCUGUUCUUGUGUCACUUCCUGCUGUUUCCGUCGUCUCGCACCUGGCGUGCUGUUUGGAGCUGCCCAUCCAGGUGACCAUGUUCCUGUGCUGUGCUCUCAUUAUUGCUAUUAUUCAGUACUGUAACUUCUGCCAGCUGAGUUUCUGGAUGCGCUCUGCUCUGGCAACUGUAGUUGGGUUGUCUUUGCUUGUCCAGCUCUACAGCGCCACCAUCAGGACAAGCACUACUGACAGCUUCACGUCUUUUGGGAACACUAGUAACUCGAGUGCCACUCAGGCAGGUGGGUUGGUGGUAGCAUCCACUGCGCUUGACCUGCUCGUCCCGGAGACCGUGCUGUCAUUCAUCCUCCUGCUGCUGCUGAUUUGGUUCUCCAAUCGGGAAUUCGAGGUCAGCUACCGUCUGCACUACCACGGAAAUGUGGAGGCCGACAAGCAUCGUAUAAAGAUCCAAACCUUGCGAGAUCAAGCUGACUGGCUGCUACGCAAUAUCAUUCCCAUCCACGUCUCGGAGCAGCUGAAGGUAAACCAGAGUUACUCCAAAAAUCACGACAUUGUGGGGGUUAUCUUCGCAAGCAUCGUCAACUUCAGCGAGUUCUACGAGGAAAGCUACGAGGGUGGAAAAGAGUGUUACCGUGUACUUAAUGAACUCAUUGGAGACUUUGACGAACUGCUGCGGAAGCCUGCAUUCUCCAAUGUGGAGAAGAUCAAAACCAUCGGUGCUACCUACAUGGCGGCUUCAGGGCUAAAUGGGCAACAGUGCCAGGAGCAGGCGCAUCCGCACGCCCACCUGCGUGCCCUCUUUGACUUUGUCCUUGAAAUGAUGCGUGUGGUGGACGAUUUUAACAAGAACAUGUUGGGCUUCAAGUUCAAGCUACGGAUUGGCUUUAACCACGGCCCCUUAACUGCCGGUGUCAUUGGCACAACCAAACUGCUGUAUGACAUAUGGGGAGACACUGUCAACAUCGCUAGCCGCAUGGACAGCACGGGAGUGGAGUGCCGCAUACAGGUUAGCGAAGAGAGCCACUGCGUUCUCAGCAGAAUGAACUACGCCUUCGAUUAUCGUGGCACUGUAAAUGUAAAGGGUAAAGGUCAGAUGAGGACUUACCUGUACCCCAAACUUAACAAAAGCAGAACGGGGUCCACGCAGAGCCUGGAAUUUCAAGGUCCGGUGGAUGAGGCCGCUGGGCUUUUAGAACCCAACACAACAACGUCUACACCACUAAAUCCUCUGAAAACCUCUCCCAAUGUUGCCUCUAUUGGUGGCCACAAUGUGCCUCAGGGCUGUGUAUUAGGCCCAUCUCAGAUUACAGAGGAGUUCCACCAAGACACUAAAGACAGUUUUCCUGUCCCUGAGCUCCAAGGGAAUUAUGAGAGUUCUUUUCAAGCACCAUCGCUAAUUGGUGCACAACCUCCGUCAAUAGCACAAAUGUACGCACCAUUAGCCAGACCAGAGACACCUUUACAGGUAGAAGAAGCAGAUGAGCGAACAAAGCUCAGGGCUGUAGAGUGAUUACGAUUUUCUCCUCACCUCGGCUGACCGGUGUUCCUUCCUCCAGAGCCAAUCAUCUGCUCAUAUCGAAGCUCUUAUUCCUCCAAGGGGCUUUGUCAACCACAACUGAUGGGGUUACAACGAGCAGCAUUUUAACCUCUGUUGAGUGUAUGUGUUAAAACGUUUCCUUAAAUAUUGAAAAAUGGUAAGAAUCUGGGGUGUGGAUCCAAGUGUAGCACAGAAUGGAGGGGAAAUGGGCAGAGUUAAUGUUUCUCAAGUUCUCGUUUGUUUUUUAAUCAAGAGCAAAGUGCCUUCAGGAUAGAUACGUAGAUAUGAACAAAUAAUUCAGCAUGGGUUUUUGAAAAAUGUGGAUGUUGAAAGGCUGUUUUACGAUGUAAUGUAUUUUGCAAUAUUCAUUUCUUUCAGUAUUUUUUAUUCUGUCGUCGAGACACAUAUUUGAAAAAGUGCCAGUUGCUCAUGAAGAAAUGGAUACAGAUUUGUGUAUUAUAGUUUAGGUUAAAUAUCAAAAUAAAGGUAAGAAGCGAGAAAGACAGAAAAAAGAUAGAUGGGGCUAGAUGGACCUCUUGCGUUCACAAUGGCCAUAUUAAUAUUGAUCUGGCAACAAACCAUGUAGCGUUUUAUCAAGGCAAAAUUGCUUCAUUCACAACAUAAGGAGAAAAGCAGGAGGGCGAUUAAAAACUGCGUACAUACACCAUUCGUAAUCCAUAUGAAUUUAUGCAUACAGAAACCAUUGAACUGUGAUGUAACCAAAUAAUGUUAGGCCUUAUUGAUUUAGUGUUUUUACUGUUAAUAAAUUUGAACAGGCCCGUUUUUCUCUUAUCACAAGCACAAAUACCCAUUUUGAGCCGAUGUGGUAGAGAAAUCAGAGACAAACUAUUAACAAAGCACUUAUGAUAUUUAACAGCAGAAAAAGCUGCUAAACUCCAACCAAUGAGGCCUUAAACCAGACAGCCCAAAAAUACUGUGCUUGGUUAAACAGUUUAAAAUGCAUUGAUAACUUCAUUCAGUGCCUCAAACUUGUUCAUAUCGAAAUAAUACUCAGAAUAACUUGCAAUUUUUCACUGUGAUAAUCCCCUAGUUAUCACCCUAGUCUUUAUCGAUCACCGUACACUUGUGAUGCCUGAUCACUCCAUGACCUUGAGAAGAAGAAAGUUCUGCUCUGAUGGUGCAGUCACUGUGCACUUUGAGAAAUAUUUGCAGGUUUGGUGUAAUUUGCUUCAGCCACUGUUUCUCAGUACAUUUGUAUUUUAUUUUACCUUUAAAACAACAGAUUUAUAUUUUAUUCCAUUUUUUCACAGCAAUGAAAUAUGCUUGUAGUAUAUGUCUGGUAUGCGCUGGGAAUUUGACUGCAGCUCUUUUUGAGUUUUGGCCGAUUUGUUUGUUGUAAAUGUGAACAGAAUGACAUGCCCAGAGAAUCUCAACAUUUUACUUAAGUUUUCCUGUUUUUUUGUUGCCUUUUCAUUUGAAAUCGAAUUUUUACAAUGCGUCUCACAUUUCAGAGGAAGCAGAGAUGUAACAGGUCCUCCAUUAGUCCAAACCAGUUGGAACGGUGUCCUCUGCCAUCGUGUCUAACGAAUAAGCUGAGGUUGGAGGAGGGAUCAUUGAAGUUUUCCAAGAUUUGUUUACAGAGCAAUUUUUAGUUUGUUCUCAAAAAAUGGAAAAAUCCAGUGCCUUUUGGUGGAUCGUCUUUAUUUGUAAUACCAGGUUGAUGGUAGCUGGUUUUGGUGUCAGAAAUAUCAGGGCGUCUUUUGAUGCCACUUUCAGAACACCUGCAAUAUCGUGUUUUUGUAUCAUAACUGUUUCCUCUUUGAUGUGAAUUAUAAUUCCAGCUUUUUUUCUUGUAAACUGUUUAUCUUUAAAUUUUCGUAAUGGAAAAGGGAUUUUUCUUGUUGAGCGUAUUUUGGUGCACUGCUCUUCAGCCAACACAUUCACCUAUGACUUAUUGUAUCACUCCAUUGGCUACAGAUGACCAGUGCUGACAGUAUUGAAAUAUAAUUUCUUGUGCAUAGUAUGUGGUUUUGUAUUAAAUGCUUUUGUAUUUAUAGGGGCUGUGUGUGAAUCCCCCUGCAGCCACAGAGCCUAAUAUCAAAACGUAUUUAUGAAAGGGAGCCACUUCGAGCUGAAAGUCCCGACUUAAGCUAACUGUAAUGGAACACGCACCUACUUUAGUCCUCUAGAUAUGGGGAGCAUCAAAGCCAAAAAAAGUGCCUCAGUCAAUUAUAACUUGUCUUACAUUAUUUUAAAUGAGUUUAAAUCGUUUUGGGUUUUCCGAUGUGUUGACCCUUUGAAAAACAACCUAUCCUUGUUUGUAAUUAAUAUCACCACAUAUUUUUACAACAUUCAGUUUGAAAGAAAUAUAAUAAUUGGUUAAAAGACAUCUUAACAAUGUAAAUCUAAUGCACAAAACUGCUAAAAGUGUUAAGGGCCCUCAAAUAUGACUUCACAUGAUUAAACUGUGCUUUAUUUCAUUUGUGCCAUAUGGGAAUAUGCUUGUGUACCAAAUAAUUUUUGCAGUUUGUAGAGAACCUACAAGACAGAGCUGUGGAAUGUGGGCAGGAUGUUGAUUUAUUUCUUUAGAGCAGCACAUGUUCUUCAAUCAUUUUGUUUUUAUGCGCAUGAGACACAGCGGGUAUUGAUUUAUUAGCCAUUAUAUUCAUGCAAAAAACGCAUAAUCUGUAUAAAUUUGCACAAGUGCACUCACUUUGUAUGUACAUAUCAUGUAUUGUUUUUGUUUUUAUUUUUCAAAAUUGAUAAUACAUGUGCAUGUGCCAGAUUUCGACAGUAGAGAAACAAUGAAAAAAGAUUGCAAAUUUU